UUUUUUAUAAAAUGGCUGCCUCUGUUGUUAGAGAAAAAUGUAUAGAAGUUGAGAUGGCACUUAAAAAAAGUGAAUCUUUCAUCUUUUAAUUUGUUUAUUUCUAUAUUUAGGACAUGGGAUUUAUUUUUUUAAUUGGGGGACUUUCGGGGUUUAGAAUAAUGGUAUUACAGUUCAUUUUUUGUCAGCAAAACGCGUUCCAUAUCCUUGUGGCUGUGGCGGUGGCUGGUUGCUUAGUGGCUUGAAUCAGAUCUGCUCUUUUUUUUUUUUUUGCGUCUCUGCUAAGAAACACAAAACCAGACAUUCUUGCUUCUUCCUGGCUGAUUGUCCAUCACAGAUGCAACUGCCUUCAACAGCGUCCUUAGUUAAGAUGUGUUCAUGUUCUGCUUGAUCUUAAGUUUUGCACUUGCUUUGCUCUGUGACUGAGGACCGCGGAUUGUUAGAAUAAUUGGUGAUUGAAUGAAAAAUAUUUGAAUUUCAGCGUUGAGUUUUGAUUUUCACGCCAACGGAAUUGGUGGGUUUGAUAUAUUCUGGGAGAACCACGGAUAUCAAGGAAGUUGUGUUUAAGUUGAGUUGGACUGAAUAUAACCAUAAGCACUUGGAAUGUUGGGUUGUGAUAUGCUUUUGACACCAAAGAAUCAGUAACUUGAAGGUCUGAGGUCCGGACUUCGAAGGCUAAGAUAUUGGAGUUGAAAAUAAUGUCUUCGGGUGAAGGUAGGCGUCGACGUGAUAAUCUUGUGCCUCUUGCUGCUUUGAUCAGCAGAGAAAUGAGGAUUGAAAAGAUGGACAAGCCAACUGUCAAAUAUGGUCAUGCAGCCCAAUCUAGGAAAGGGGAGGAUCAUUUCCUUAUUAAGAUGGAUUGUCAGCGGGUACCUGGGAAUUCGUCAUCUACAUUUUCUGUAUUUGCGAUCUUCGAUGGGCACAAUGGAAAUGCUGCAGCAAUUUAUACGAGAGAGAAUUUGUUGAAUCAUAUUUUGGGCGCUAUGCCUCGUGGUCUUGGACGUGAGGAGUGGAUUCAAGCUUUACCUCGUGCUUUAGUUGCCGGAUUUGUGAAGACUGAUAAGGAGUUUCAGAGCAGAGGAGAAACUUCGGGCACUACAGCAACAUUUGUAAUAGUUGAUAGAUGGACUGUUACUGUUGCUUCUGUUGGAGACUCACGUUGUAUUUUAGAUGCUCAGGGUGGUGCCGUUUCCUCCUUGACUGUUGAUCACAGACUUGAAGAGAAUGUGGAGGAGAGGAAAAGGGUGACUGCAAGUGGUGGGGAAGUUGGAAGGCUUAGCAUUGUUGGUGGUGUUGAGGUUGGUCCUCUUCGCUGUUGGCCUGGAGGUUUAUGCCUUUCUAGGUCAAUUGGAGACAUGGAUGUUGGAGAGUUUAUAGUUCCUGUUCCAUAUGUCAAGCAAGUGAAACUGUCAAAUGCAGGUGGGAGGCUUAUAGUUGCUUCUGAUGGCAUAUGGGAUGCCUUGUCCUCAGAAAUGGCAGCAAAAUCUUGCCGUGGGUUACCAGCUGAACUUGCUGCCAAACAAGUUGUAAAGGAAGCUUUAAGGACACGGGGACUAAAGGAUGAUACAACCUGCAUAGUUGUUGACAUAAUUCCUCCUGACAAUUCAAUUCAGCCUCCAACUCCUCCCAAGAAACAUAACAUGCUUAGAGCCUUGUUGUUUAGGAAGAAGUGCCAUGAUUCUUCCAGUAAGCUAUCAAAGAAGCUUUCUGCCAUAGGUACAGUCGAAGAACUGUUUGAAGAAGGCUCGGCUAUGCUUGCUGAAAGAUUAGGGAAUGAUUACUCCACAUCGCAAUCUACAUCUGGUCUUUUUACAUGUGUUGUCUGUCAAAUUGACCUUGCUCCAAGCGAGGGCAUCUCUGUUCAUGCUGGUUCUAUCUUCUCCACCAGCUCAAAGCCUUGGCAAGGGCCUUUCCUUUGUGCUGAUUGCCGUAAUAAGAAGGAUGCCAUGGAAGGAAAACGCCCAAGUGGAGUCAAAGUGGCCUAACUCUUUACUGUUUCCACCCAUUCUUGCUCCCACAAUUUUUUUUGUAAACGACAUUUAUUUAGGGAAGGAAAUUGUUUGAAUCUUACUACGAUGGUACAGCAGAUGUACAUGUAAUAUAUGCCUAUAAUGUAAAACGAGUCUUAUCAUUCAAGGAAGAGUUGGUCUAAGCAGCACCUGCUUGGAGCUUCAAAAA